GUAAUACACUGGUUUACACCAUGUUUACACUCAAGUUUCUGUUGUCAGUUGUAUUACGAAAUGCUCGUCUCAUCUUUAGCGGCAACGGCUAUAAACACAAGGGUUCUUUGUGCUAAUGUAUAGUCGUUAAAACUUAAUAAUCUAAUAUUUUGUUUAAAAUAAUCUUUAAUCAACAAACGUCAUGGCUAAAUGGAAGCUAAAACGCCAGACGUUUGGCACAGAGGAAUAUUCAUUUAGUGAAGGAGAAGAGGUGACAAUCGGAAGAGGAUUUCAGAAUUCAAUAACCCUGUCUAGUUUAGUAAUAUCACGGAAUCACUGCUCAUUAAAAAUAAAAAAGGAUGAAAUUCUUAUUACUGACCUACAGAGUUCUAAUGGAAUAUUUAUUGGUACAAAGAAAAUUCCACCAAAUGUACCAUAUAAACUAAAAGACUCAGACAUUAUUGGCAUUGGGUGGAUAUCAGGUAUACCUCUUGGCAAAGUUGAAGAUACUGAAAAAUUUAUCUUUAAAGUAAUUAGGGAACAAGCUCCAUUGUCAAUAAUAAAUAGAAUUACAUUUCAAAAUGAAAAUGAAUUUGAUGAAUUAGAAGAAAAAAUUGCAAUCUUGGAUUCCAGCAACAUUAUUGCAUCUCCAGAUAAUGAAAUAAAAACAAAUCUUAAAAGGAAAAUUCAUGUAAAUGAUAAUGAAAACCAACAAAUAAUAAACAACAAAAGGAUUAGUAAUGAUAUUAUAAAUAUUGUGUUGUCCGACAGUGACAGUGACAUGAAUUCAAAGCAACUAGAAUAUAAUAUGAAGAAACCAAAACUGGAACCUAUAUGUGAAGAACAAAAACAUGUUGAAAAAGCUCAAGAAAAUAAGUCAAAUGAAUUGAAUAUAAAAAAAGAAUGCCACCUAAAAUUUGAAGAAGAAUAUCCUGAAAUGGAAGCGUUUAAUGUUAAGCAAGAAUAUCUAGGCUAUGAUGAACCAAUACAAAUAGAUAGUGAUAGUGAUAGUGAGUCCGAGCAAUGGUUCCUGAGACUGUCACAAAGCUCUCCUGGAAAACCAUUUAUUAAGGCACCUGUUGUGAAAAAUGAACCAAAACCUGAAGAUAGUUCCUACAGUCAAAUUGAGGAUGAUCUUAUUAAUCAAUAUUCAGACAAUGAAGACUAUCUAGAUGAUCUUAUUACAAUACCAGAUCCACCACAAGCUGAAUUAGAACAACUUACAGCUGGAGAUAACUAUUUAGAUAAACAGGAAGAAAUUUCUGGGAUUGAAAAGCUAUGUCAUGAUGAGUUAUCAUUCACAGAUGCCAACCAAACCAAACCAAACCAAAGUAAUAUUGAAGCUGAUGAAAUUGAUGGAACUAGUUCUAAAGAUCAUACUGAAAUGGAUAAUAAAGCUUUACCAACAAUCACAGAAAGUGAUUUAAAUUUGUCUAAAAAAAUUCAAAUCAUUGAACCACAAGUUCAUUUACCUCGCAAAAAAUCAAAUAAUAUAAAUUAUAUUAGUUCCAAAUCAAAACAUAUAUCACACAAUCUUGACAAAAAAAAGAGUCAUUCAUCAAAAAGACACAUAAUAAGCAACUCACAAAAAGAGGAACGUAAAAAGAAAUUAAAAGAAUUAGCAAUGAAGGAAAAAGAAGAAUUUGAUCAACGAAACAGCAAAAAUAAUGCUAAUAAUUUAACAAAGACAAUUCCAAAUAUUAGAAUGACAUCAUCAAAUAGAGGGGCCUUUUUAACUGAUUCAGUUCAAGUUGUAAAACCAAUGAGAAGAAAAGAAAGUCCGCAGAAAUCUAUAAGUAACAAUGAGAGAACUGAACAAUCUAACACAGCAAAUAACCGUGAUGAAGCAAAUUCUAAUGUUGAACUUGAAAUUAAGCAAUCAGAAAAAACUGAGAAGAAAGAAAGAAAGUCAGAGACAAGAGAAAAUAUUGAAAAUAAAACGAAGCAUUCUGAAAAAACAACUAAAAAAGAAAGCAAAAGUAGAAAAAAAGCUGACAGCAGUAAACAUAAUUCAAAACACUCAAAAUCAAAUCCAAACUCUUCAACAAAUAGUGUUGCUGAAACACGAGUGCCUCUGAAAAGCUUAAAACCCUUACCAGAUAGCGAGGAGCCAUUUGCAGGAAAACCAUUUUCUAAAGUAGAACCAUAUAAAAAGCAAAAAAAAACAGUUCGUUUUUCAGAAGCAGCACCCGAAGUGCACUACUUUGAAAUUCCUGAAGGCAACAGGAUGAAAAAGACUAGCUUAGUAAAGACAACAUUAGUGGAUAUUAGACAGAUGCCCAUCUUUUCCUUAGAGAAAAUUACUCUGAUGAAAAUUCUGCGCUGGAAUCCGCAUUGGCUUGAAGAACAGAUUAACAAUAAUGAACCUCCUCCUAUUUUAGGACAUAAUAAUCCACCUAUGGCUAUAUUUCAUUCUUUCAAUAAUCACCAUCAAUAUGUACAGAUGAUUGGGGAUUUGUUACUUAUGGAGAUAUGGGAAUGCCUGUCAAUAGCGUAUAUGAAAAUACGCAAUCAAAGUAUUGGAUUACAGAUGAGGAUAGCUACACUACCACCUAUUCCUACUUCAGACCGUCACUUUGAUAUUUUUAACUUGAGUGUUGAUGUCUCACUGCCUACGACGGAAGUAAGAAAUUUACCUAGGAUGGGUGAAGUAUUGCUUGUUUCUUUUGGGCCUGAAAAUGCUAGACAUCAAAGGUUUUUCUUUGUAAAUAAUGUUAGGUGUCUUCCUUCGCCAGCAAGUAAUAGAAACUCUUUUUAUAAUAUAUCUCUACAUGCUACUUUUACGGAAAAAAUGAAGCUCUUAAGGCCUGGAGAAAUAAUGAUAGGGAUCAAUUUGGCUUACAUCAAUAAAGAGCUGUCGCUAUUUGAUGCUAUGGCCUAUAUGGCAGGAUCACCUCUUAGUGAAGCUAUUCUAAAGCCAGAACCGCGACAUUUCCUUAGAAAGGAUAUCCCUAUGAAUAUUAGUAAUCCGUGGACAAAUACUCUGAAUCCUAGUCAACAUACUGCAGUGAAAGCAUCCGUAUUGGCAGCCCUUGGAGACCAACCCAGCAUACAAAUGGUGCAAGGACCUCCAGGAACAGGAAAGUCAAGUGUGAUUUGUGCAAUAGUCAUGACAUACUUUUAUGACGCCGCCGGUAAAAGACAACAGAAUCGGGGCAAGAUUUUGAUUUGCGCAACAAGUAACGCAGCCGUCGACGAAUUGGUUUUAAGAUUACUUAGUAUACGGCAACAGCUACCGAAGCAGGAAAGGUUUCGUAUGGUCCGCGUGGGACGCGUGGAGGCGAUGCACCCUCGAGCGCGCGAAGUUAGCUCUCAAACGCUUGCCCAACGGGGAGUGCGCUCCCAGCAAGAACUGCCCACACAUCCAGGCCUCAGCGAAGAGAUAUCUCGACUAGAAGCCAAAGUGAAUAUGUGGAAGACAUCGGCACAGGAUGCGUAUGAAAGAAAAGACGAUAUGCGGGUUGCGUAUUGUGAGAGUCGAAUCAGUGAAUUAAACAAGCGACUUGCCAUGCUACGAACAGGUAACAGUGUGGACGAACUGCGGCCGGAACAGUUGGUGAGCUCAGAGCGACGCAUCAUAGAAGGUGCAGAUAUAGUCGUCACUACUUUGGCAAGCGCGCAAAACAACAAGAUGAGAGGGCUGAAGCGUCGGAUAGCUCUAUGCAUAGUGGACGAGGCGGGACAGGCUAUCGAGCCAGAGACGUUGAUUCCUCUCACGUUGGACGUCAACAGUCUCACGCUGAUCGGAGACCCGCAGCAGCUGCCCGGCUAUAUCUGCUCACAGCGCGCGAAGAAAUACGGCUUGGGGGAGAGUUUAUUCUCGCGUCUAUCGUCAUGCGCGGAAACAUGGCCUCAGGAAGGCGUCACAUUACUAGACCAGCAAUACCGAAUGCAGCCCGCAAUCGCCGACUACCCGAACCGGGCCUUCUACGGCGGGCGGGUCCGGAGCCGGGCCCCACCCCGCCCGGAACUGUGCGCUCCGCCCUACGUGCUCGUCGGCAUCUCGAGCGGCGAUAAGGGGCAGAACGCGGCGGGCGCGAACGAGAUGGAGUCAUGGGGCGUGGCCCGACUAGUUGCGGCGUUGAGCGGGUCAGUGCGAGCGCGCGGCCUCAGCCUGGCCGUCAUCACGCCCUACAACGCGCACAAAGAUCUCAUCAAACGGAAUCUGAGACAACUGCUUGAGCCGACGGAAGCGCAAGUGGAAGUGAACACGGUGGACAGCUUCCAAGGGCAGGAAAGAGACGUAGUGGUGGUCUCGCUCGCACGCAGCCACGGGGUCGGCUUCCUCACGGACGCGGGCCGCAUGAACGUGAUGCUCACGCGCGCCCGCCACUCGCUGCUCGUCUGUCUCAACCCACACGCCGUGCUCAGAAACCAACAGUGGCGAACACUUCUUGAAGAUGCGCAGAGAAGAAAACUUUAUACUGUCCUUCCGUCCAAGAUGUGCCAACCCACCGGCGUCGUCACCAAUGAAGAAAUUCUUAAACAAAUAUCUCUACAAUGACACGCAAGUGGUAAAUAUUGAAGGAAACUGUUUGUUUACGUGUCCAAAGUGGAUUUAUGGUUAUAAAAGAAAUCACUAUUUUUUUACACAUUAAAAUAUGUGAAUAUAUAACGUGAUGCAAUUUGCUACAGUCAAAGUGAGUUUAAGUUGUUACAAUAAAUUAUAUUCGAGUUUACAUUGGCAUGACAAUAUACUUCCAAAAUAUGUAAAUAAUAUAACACUUUUAGAUUGUGUAAAAUAGGUGCUUAAACCUAUCAAAUUUAUAUUGUAUAUCACUUAAAAAUGUACAAGCUUACGUCAAGUAGACUUACUAGAGAGACUGACCUGAUAUCUCUGUGUAUACUUUAGUCAAAGUGUAUUGUAUAUAUAGUUAUAAAACACUAAUAAUAAUAUUUUAUUACUUGAUCGUUUUAUUAUAAUAAACGAGCAUUUGCAUGAUACAGAUGAUAACAACGCCAAAGUAUACUCUCGGUCUUUAAAUUCAAAUAAUAAUGCUCCAAAUGUUAUAUUUUGCUUUGUUUUUUUUUUGUUAUAUUUUUCUCAUGCGACGUAUUUGUGUCGGUUUACUAAGAAUGCAUUUAGUUGUCUUAAAAUUUAUUUUAUAAUUUAGUUGGCUUGUAUGUUAAUCCAUUUUAUUGUCAUAUUUUAAUAGGUUUAGAUUAGCUAGCAGCAUUAAGAUUUAAUGAGUAUAAAUGUGCAGUCAGCAUUUGUUGACGUUAUUAGCUUAUUAAGUAACUUUAAAAUUAAUGGGUCUGAGGAUAGUAAAACGAAUAAUGUAAAUAAAAAAAAAUGGAAAAUCCAUGACAUGGAUCUAUCGCCUAAAGAAGGUGAAAAAAUUGAGCUAAAAAAAUAUACAUAGUUGCAGAAGGGAUAGAUUUCAUUUAUAAAAAUUAUAUAUUCUCAGCUCUCUUGCCAUAAGACAUUAUUUAAAAUUAUUAUACCCAAAGCACCAUGUUGAAAAUUACUUAAUAGAUCUCGUUCAAACCAAUUGUCGGUGGAAGUUUGCAUGGUAACACAUCAUAUAUUUUUUCAGUUUUAUCAUUCUCUUAUUUUAGAAGUUACACACAUUUUACCUCUUUGGAAGUGUGUAUAGCGCAAACUAUUCAGUUUUAAAAAAAAAAUAUCAGAAACCUCAACAUCGUUUUUGAAGACCUUUAAAUAGAUACCCCACACGAAUGGAUUUGAUGAAGAAAUUUUUGUUGAGUUUCAGUUAUAAGUAUGGGGAGCCACAAAAACUCAGUUUUUUUUCUAUUUUUUUGUGAAAAUCUUAAUGCAGUUCACAGAAUACAUCUACUUACCAAGUUUCAACUGUAUAGUUCCUAUAGUUUCGGAAAAAAGUGGCUGUGACAUACGGACGGACAGACAGACAGACAUGAGAAAUCCAUAAGGGUUCCGUUUUGUGCCAUUUGGCUACGGAACCCUAAAACCCUGGCAAUAUAACGCAAUGCAGGUACCUAUGCACAACGAUUUUCGAAGUGUCCCCAAUUCCAAGGAAGAAACCCAGGAGGGUUUGAAUCCCGGUAGGCGCUAAUAUUUAUGUGAUGCAUAUGAGCAUCUGUACCUGAUUCAUGGCUGUUUGAAUAGGUACAUUUCUAUUAAAUGAAAUGAAAUGAAAAUCUUUAUUGGCCAUCUUGUAUACAAUAGUAUAACCUACUAAAAGAAACAGAAAAAAAAUAAAAAUAAAAAAGAAACAACCUAAGAACAAAAAUUAAUCACUAAAACUAAGACGGCCUGAUUGGCCGUCUUAGUUUUCAAUAUAUUCCGCCGUCAUUAAAAUAUACUUCUCUGCCUAUGCAUUAUAUAUUUCCAUCCAGUUUUACUGUGCUUCCUUUGGGAUAAGAUAAUUAGUGUAAGUUUAUUAAUCAAUUCACACUAGCGUAUAUAUAAGUGAAUUUCAGAAACGUAACAAAGCGACUUCACCAUUAUCACAUUUAUUAGUGCGUGCGCAUGCUACGGAAUUCCGCUGAUUAUAAACCGAGAAGUAAUGUGCGUUACGUUGCGGAGAAACUAUGUUUCUGAAAUUCGCUUCGACUCUGUGCUAGUAUGAAUUGAUCAUAUUUCAAAAACAAUAUAUUCGGAUAGCUAAAUUUUGUUUCAAACGUAAAUUAGGAAAGUAAUGAAAUUAUACCACGAGCAUGACUCAAAAAAGCGUGACGUGAACAAUAUCCCUACGUGCAUGUGCCACAUAUGGGCCAUACAGGAAUAUUGCUCUUAGUUUCGUACAAUACGUAGUUCAGCGCCAUCUAGUCAUAAGUAUGAUAACUAUGCACUCCAGUUAAGUAUGAAAUAGGUUACCUUUUGCGCCACAGCGGCGAUGUGAGAAACAAAAAUUUUUGAACUAAUGUAAUAAUAAUGAAUGCAAAUAUUUCUGUGUGUAAAUUUUUUAUAGAGUUUUCAUUAUUGGUGUACUGAUUUUCAGAAAUGAUAUUUUCAUUAUGACUUAAAUAUUAAAUUACGUACAAUCGUUUACUUUCCGGAAACACUUCAGUAGCCGCGCCGAUGCCCUGCUGAUAAUAGGUACUAACAAUGUAGGCAUGUCCUCAGACCAAAUUUAUUUGGUCUGAGGGCACGUCAUGAAAUUUGAGAAAUGUUUAUCAUUAUGUGCCUCGUUAAAAUUGUGGCAUGUAAAUAGUGGCACUUCUGAAUUGAAGCUAUGUAGAUUACUUUUGUUGUUUACGAACUUCCAUGAGUCCAACCGUUACCUACCACUAUGACUUAACCGCUAACUUUGAGCGUCGCUGCAAUACUGUAAAUAAUUCCUCAUUUUUAGAAUAAAUAAAUUUAGUUAACAUGCAUACAUAAAAUUAUGCAGUGAUUGUAAAUAUUGAUUGUUGCCUUGUUCAGUGGCCUAUAAAAGGUUAGAAUUAUUUUAAGUGCAGUUUUUAAAUUUAUGAUUUAAUUAAAAUAAUUACUAAUUACUGUUCACGGUAUGGUAAAUUAUACAUACUUAAGAAUUCAGUAAUAAUUUCAUGAUUAAUCUCUGGCCUUAUCCUCGUUUUCUAAUUGCAGAAAUCAUUGAUAUUACUGCCAGCUGAUGUAAAAAUUAAGUCUGAAUUUUAUUUUUCAUGUACAUACAUAAUUAUAUAUUACUUUCUUGUGUACCUACAUACAACCAAUAAAAUUGUUUGCUUUUCAUUACCAUGUUUGUUUUUGUAACGUACGGUUACAAAUAAGCCAAAAAUGUGUAUCGUCUCCAAAAUGGAAGUAAUCUAUACUAAUAUAUAAUAUAAUAACCUCUAUCCGUCCGUUUGUGUCUGUUUACAUAUGAAGGGCUAAGGCUAAAAAAAGAGUAAAACUCGUCUUAUUUUUUUCUUCUUUACAAGUGAAUAACCAACGAAGUCCAGCACUUAACCAUUUCUGCCCUGGAAUAGAAAGCAUCAGAACGAAUUGUUAAAGCAACGUUGACUAACAAAAAAGGUAAAUUUAAAAAAUCGAAAAACCCCACUGCUUCAAUAUUACUUCAAAUAAAAACUGAAAAGAAAAAAAC